UCAAGGUUAGACAUAAGGGCAGAGAAUGGCAGUGGCUCAUCCAUGCCCCCAGAAAAAGUGGCAAGAAUGGAGGACAGAGGUGGGGGAAAGCAGUAAUCCAUGGAUGGAAAGGGUUAACAGCUGCGCGGAGGAAGAAGAGGACCUGGGGGAGGAAGGUGAGGAUUCUAGUGGUGAAGACGAGGAUAUAGGAGAGGAAGGAGAUGAAUGGAAGUUUCAAAGAGAGCAAGAAGCAACAACCGUAGAUGAAGAAGAGGAUGAAGAUUCAGGAAAAGAGGACAAGUGCCUGCAAAAGUGGAAAGAAGAUUUGAAAAAUGAAGUCAGAAGAAAACUUCAACUUGAAGAAAAGGUGGAGAGCGAGGAAGAGGAUAACUGCAUGCAGAGAUGGAAGGAAGACUUGAAAAAUGAAGUCAGGAGAAUACUUCAACUUCAAGAAAAGGUGGAGAUAGAGGAAGAAGAUAAAGGAAUGGGUGACAGAAAGAAAGAUGAAGAAGAUGAAGAUCCAAGAGAAGAGCUGCUCCAGAAAGAGGAAGGUAACCAGGAAGUCUAUCAGCAAGAAUGUGAACAAAAUAGUUUGUAUUGUCUAGAGGAAUCGGAAGGAAGAGGAUUUCAGGGUUACGACUUUUGGCAAAACCAGGACAAUAAAGAAAAAGAAGAUGUAAGUUACAAAGAGGAGGAUGAACGUUCUAUGAAGUCAUUUAAGAGUAAAGAUCAGGAAGAAGAAAGUGAGAAUGAAGAUGAGGGUAAAGGUCUGUGCACAAAUGAAAACUUUGAAGGCUUGACAGCUGAGGACAGCUAUGAAGGAGAAGAGCAAAGUGAAAAGGUGGCAGAGGAUGAAGAGUCGCUCGCUGGAUCUUGGACAUCUCCAGAGGACUUUGACGGUAAUCAAGAGGAAGAGGAGGAAAGUGAUGGUGAAGAAGAUGAAGAAGAAGAAAAAACUUACUCCAAAGAGGAUCACUCCACAAAGAUGUUCCUCACCUUGAAGGAGUUCAGAGAUGCCUCCAUUCUCACAGACCUGAGUUUGCACACAGCAGAUGGGUGGAGCCUCCAAGUGCACUCUAUUGUCCUGGCGGCGGUCAGCUCCCUAAUCUGGAGACAACUGAACAGAAGAAACGAUGAAAUAUCCAUCAGAUGUAGAGAGGUUGAGGUGAAUGAUGAAGAUUAUAAGUGGUCAGUGGCUCUUGGUCCAGAGGUGGAUCAUGUCGGCUUGCAGGCAGUUGUGGACUUUGCUUACACCGGACACACACCCCUCUUGAACAAGCAGAACCUGGAGCAGAUAAAGGCUGCGGCUCUAGCACUUGGUGCGGGUUGGAUGUUGGAUCUUUGCGUCAAAGAAGAACAGCUGUCCAGGAAAACAGAUGGAAACCAGAAAGAUGGCAGUCUCUCUGCUGCACAGCAAUUGGUGAUGAACCUUGAGUCGAUUGAACUGCUGUGGGAGGAAGGCGUUGGCUGCGAUGUGACGCUGGAAGCUCGUGGUGGGUCACUACAGGUCCACAGAGUCAUGUUGGCUGCGAACAGUGACUUCUUCCGUGGGAUGUUCACCCUGGACAUGAAGGAGUCCCAUCAGCCGUGUGUGAAGCUCCCCUACCUCUCGGAGACAGAGCUGGAGCUCAUCAUCGGCAGCUCCUACACCGGGGUUCUCUCUCUCAGCUGGAGUUGUGUCUUUGAGAUCACCAGCACAUCUCUGCAGCUCCAGUACCAGCCUGCCCUGGCCUUGUGUUUCAUCUUCCUGCAACAGGAGCUAAACCCUGACACCUGCCUGGAUGUGGUGUCCUUUGCUCAAGCUUACCAAAUCCCUGAUCUCCUUGAAAUUGCUGACGAUUUCGUGUUGAGGCAAUUUCAAAAGGUAGCGUGCACAUCAAAAUUCAAGGACUUGCCAGCCAGGCAGCUCCUGGGGUACCUGAACAGUCUGUCCCUCUGUGUGCCAUCUGAGCUCGUCGUGUUCGAAGCAGUGGUCACGUGGAUCCUCGCGCAGCCCAGGAAAAGGCUCAGACUGGCAAAGGAGCUCAUGAAAACUGUCAACUUCCCCCUGAUGACAUUCAAGGAGUUCAAAGAGGUCCGCUAUCAGAACUUGUGGUCCGAUCACAACUUGACUGAGCUGUAUGAAGCAAUCUAUGAAGACUUCUGCUCCAACAAUACGCCUCUGCAGAACCAGUGCCGCAUCUAUCUGCCUAAAGAGAGUGUGGUUCUGAUAGGAGGUGACCACAUCUCUCCAGACAUGGCGAGCCGCAGCAUCAGCAGACAACUGUGGUUUGGAAAUUCACUGAGGAACCACACAGGAGUGAAGAAAGCCAUGGAGUGGAGACAUCUGGGAGAGAUGCCAGAGACAGCCAGGUUUGGUCAUGAGGUGGCUGUGCUUCACGGACUACUGUAUGUUUUCGGAGGCAAGAAGUACUAUGGCACUGGUGACACCUUGAACUCUGUUUACAGGUAUGAUCCGCUGCAAAAUGUCUGGCAGUGCAUUCGGGAGAUGCAGGAGAGAAGAUGCUCAUUCUCCGUGGUGGUUCUGGAUGAAAAAAUGUACGCCAUCGGCGGUCAUUGUGAGCUUUAUCACAUGGACAGUGUUGAGUGUUACUGUCCAACCACAAACUCCUGGAGCCUCAGCCGGCCCUUGGAUCUGCCUCUGAGCGGUCAUGUAGCACGAGUUUGCCAAGAUCAGAUCAUCGUCACAGGCGGGAGAAACAACGAAUCCCUGUGCCUCGCCUCCACAUUUGUGUACCACCCACAGACAGGAAGCUCACCUCUGGCUAACCUGACCCAACCUCGCGCUCACCACUGCAUGGAGGUCCUGGGGGAACGUCUGUACGUAGCCGGUGGAAUCAGCUCGCAUGACAGCACGACUACAACAGAUCUGCUGACGUGUGAAGUGUACAGUCCCGCAGCUGACUCCUGGACAGCCUUCUGCUCUCUACCGGUGCCGCACGUGGGAGCAGGCAGUGCAGUUUUGGAGGGAAAGUUUUACAUACUGGGCGGAUACAGUCAGGAGGACUUCAGUGACACCACCAUCGUCCAUCGCUACGACCCCCACACACAGAGGUGGGAGAACAUGGGCAAAAUGCCCGGGCCAAACAAUGAUCUGAGGGCCUCCGUGCUGUGUUUGCCACAGCAUUUUCGAAUGUAAAACGUCAACACAGAGGACUCAGGAAUGAUGUUAUCUAAAAAACAAUGUUUUCUCUACAAAUACUCAUGUUUUUGUGAAUAAAUGAAACAUUUUGAUGAAA